AGACCCAUGUACGAUGGUAUCAUCAACGCCUUGCAAAAACUCCAGCCCGGAGAGCUGCGGCUAGUCGACAAUUCGCAGCAACAUGCCGGUCACGCCGGAGCCAAGGGCUUGGACGGUGACGAAACCCAUUUUGACCUGUACAUUACUUCGGAUGCCUUUGACGGUCUUUCGUUGGUCAAACGCCAUAAACUCGUUUACAUGAUGCUUGGCGAAAUCAUGCCUAAAAUACACGCCUUGCAAAUAAAGGCACUCACUCUGGCUGAGGCCGACGCGAAGAAGUAA